AAAUAAUAAACAAAGAUUCGUGAAGAUGAAAGACAGCUGAAAGUUCAGGAAAAUCAUUUUUGCUCCCUAUUAUCGUGGUCUAUUCUUUUAUUAACACUAUCAUUCGGUGUUCUAAUCACUAUCAUUCAUUAUAAAUUACUUUUUGCCCGAUAUUCUCUUGCCCUUUUAGAAAUAACAAAUCCUGCUGUGCCCUACAUUUGUCUUGGUUACUCUUCUUUAAAAAUCAGUUCUUCCUACUCUUGUUAACUUCAGAAUGCUUAUCAACACCUCAUCCGACUACGUGCCGAUCAUUUCUAUCCAGAACGAUUGGGAAGAAAGCAUCAAGAAGCCAAAUGACACAGCAUGGGUGUCGUCCAGUUUCAAAGAUGGUGAGUGCACUCAAGGACAACUAACGUUUGUCAGUGUCACUGCAACUGGGACUCCUGUUGUAAGAGCAUCUCAUGGAUUCACCGUUGAGGCAGCUUCAAAAGAUACAAUUCAGAUCAGACGCACCAACACACCUUUUAUGUGCGUGUUUUUAGCUGCAUUAAAAACAUACCCGGAUAUUCAUGAAAGAAAUAUAAUAUCUCUUGAUGUCACAGAGCAAGGAUUGGCAGUUUCAGCUAGUUUCGAUAAAAUGAAGGUGUUCAAUCUACGGACAGGAGAAGUUAGAUGUACUCUGACAGGGCAUGUAGCUGACAUCUACAAAUGCAGAUGGUUUCCAAGUGGGGAGGUCAUUUUGUCCUGUGCUGCUGAUAUGCAGAUCAAAAUUUGGUCAGCCGAAAAUGGAAAUUGCGCAGCAACUUUAAUUGGCCAUACAAGAGCAGUGACAGAUGUAGCCAUCAUUGAAAGGGGCAGAAAUAUCAUUUCUGUUUCAAAGGACGGAUAUGCAAAGCUGUGGGAUUGUGGAAAAUCAGCAGUUAUCUCCGACUUGACAAAAGUGGACUCAGCUAUAUUCUGCUGUUCUCUUUCUAGUGCGCCUACAUUUUUAGAACUGGGCGAUCCUCCCUCAACUCCAAGUGAGCGUGAAAUUGGGACAGAAAAUAAGAUACUUAUUAUCGGUUGUGAAGAUGGGACUGUCCAGUGUGUGGCUGUCCAAAGUCGAAAGCUACUCUUGACGACUUUUACAGGUAGUGCAGUCAACUGUUGUACAUUUGUCAACAGUAGCCAGUUCAUUGUUGGAUGCCAAGAUGGGCGAAUCCUUCUCUACAACUUGAGUGAUGCAACGCAACAUGCAUGGGCAUGGUACGACAGUAACAGUCCAGUCAUGUCACUCAUGGUUUAUAAGACUUAUGGAUUUAUGGCUGGUCAUGCUGAUGGCAUUUGCAUUUUCCGCUCUUUUAAAAACAAAUGCACGACGCGCCUCCAACUUACAGGACCUCUUUGCGACCCUGUCUAUAGUAUUGUCUCAGAUAGCAAGUUUGUCUAUACAUCUACUAGAGAUUCAGUCAUUCGCGCUUACUCACCCUUCUCACACAUUGUCAAGUUUUUUGAUGAGAUUAGUUAAUCUCACUGACUCAAAUUAAUUUUCUGUUAAUUUUUAAGACUUCCAACUUAAAGUAAGCUGAGCUACAAACUUAUGAAAGUAUCAUGCUGAAAAGUAAAAUCAAAACAAAGACUCGAGAUUAACUUGAAAUUUUAAGCUCUUAUUUUCCUCCAGAAGUUUUUGCAGGAUUACUGAGUGUCUCCUAUUUUUUCUCAUAAUUUGUUGGUGGUUUAAACUAUCACUCUGGUGACGCAGAGGGCGUAUCUCUAUUUUCACAUGAGCCUCAGAAAGCAUGGCGCUAUGUAGUCGAUAAGGUUCUUGUGGAGUUUGAGAUACGUUCUUGGGUCAGAGGGGGAAAGAAAUUUCAUUAAUCUAGCAUAGCAUUGUUUUCUUUCACUGAAAGAUUUUACUCUAUCAUCGAUUUCCAGAGAUGGUACGACUAUCCUAUUUAAUACCAUUAUGAAUUUUAAGUCAUCAAUCUCCUGUUUUUAAAAUCGAAAAUCUAGUGCAUCUCAACUCAAUUUUGUUUACUGUUGUCCAGAUUGUUUUUAUCAACUGUUCUUUAAUUUAAUGUUUAUUUUUAUUUAAUUUAAUUUGUUGCCAUUUUACAGGGCACAGAUUUGAUGUUGCACUUUGUGUUUAGAAUAAAAGGAAUAAGACCAAAUGAAUGAUUUCUUUACUUCACUUGUUCUGAGAAACUGAAUGCAAUCUCCAGGACAAUUUCUCUUCAAAAAUGUUUAGUGACGAAUCUUUAGGAAGUCAGUAUACUGCUAAAAUAUACUCGGUUUAACUGCGCAAAAGACUCCCGAAAAAAAGAUUAUUUUCCUGAUAAUAUUUUUUAUCAAUAUUGGUCCAACAGAGCUUGGUAUAAAUUCUUGCACAGCCAGACUACAACAUUUUACAAAAAGGAAGACAAACCUUCAUAAAAGUAAAAAAUGACACGAUCUCAAUGCUCCCUUUAUCUUACUAAACACACUUAAGCUCCAGCAUGUUUCUCAUACUCAAGAAAAACUAGCCAGUAAGAAUAGUGUCAAAGGAUCCUACAGAGAGGAAAAAACUCUUGAUUUCAUAUCUGUGACUAACAUCCAGAUUCAUCUGUUUCCUAUCAAUGCUUCAUAGCAAACAAAUUUUUCACUGUUAAACUUGAAAUUUUUAGUACAGUUUUUUAAACGAUGAUACUACUUUUCUGAAAAUUUGAAGCACUCAGUUGCUUCAUGCUUCUGAGGGAAAAUGAUUUACAGCAUUGAUGCCAUAAAUGGAGGAACAACAUAGGAUGUCCUGAAAUGAUCAGGGCCGACUCUUUGAUUAAAAUUCUAAGCAACCUCUUGAGCAGAUUUUAGUUUUUCUGGAAGAAUGUGUUAAAAAUAAUUCAUUUAAAAAAGUCUCAGCCUGUUUGAAUAAAAAUCGGUCAAUUCAUGACAGUUUGAAAGAGGAAUGUGUGGCUACUACCUAUGGUUUCUUCUAACAAUUUAUUCGUGUCAAAUUAAAAACUUGAUGAAACUUUGCCAGAUGCUCUGAUUAUACUGAUGAACAUAGUUUAGCAACAUCUAGCACAAUUUGGCUAUGCUAAUUUAUUGUACUACAUGAGACACAACUUUACAAGGAUGGAAAAUAGAUUUGUGCAUGGUUGCAGGGGUUACAUCUUGAACCAUGCAUUAACUAAACAGUAUUGUCAAGUCGUAUUAGAUGUUGCCAAGCAGUGUUUGGAGGCAAAAGAGCAUCUAAAAAUAUUUAUCAGCUUAUUUCGGUAAGAGAACAUUUUUCAAAGAAAAACAGAGGAUGCCAUAUACGCCGUGCUCCGAACACGAUAAAUUAGGCUUGUUUUGCUCAAAUUAGCUGAUGUUGGUAUUAAUCAAUUUCUUUUGACAUCUCCAUUGUAAAGAAAUCAUGGUCACUUUGAUAGGUUGCUCGGUUUUUUUUAAUUGGAGCACUAGCCCAGAUCAUUUACAGACACCCUCUUAUACUUAUAACUUGAUAAUUAAAAUUUAAAAAGUCCAAUUUAGAAUGAACCAGGUUAGGUAUUAAUUUGAGUUUCCUAGAAACUUUGGAGCGAUUUUCACUGUAAAUUAAAAAGAUUGAGAGAUUUUCCCACAAAUUUGUUUUAUGGAAAAAGUUCUUUCCUCUUUGAGAAAUGGACAAUUCUUAGGACUAAUAAUUCAGUACAUUUGAAGUUUUCUUCAAAAAAGAAAUGAAUAUGCUCUGUUGAAAUAUUUUUACAAACUUAAAUUACUUAUUUAUUCUUCUUAGAAGUACUAAAACACUUCAGAGGGAAUGUUUGAUUAGUCACCUUUUUCUGAAAGGAAGCGAAAUAGAACUUUUGUAUCAUGAAAAAGCAACUAGGAGAGAGGGAGAACGCUUUAGUUGCAAAACCGAUCAACCUACAAACGGAAGUAGUGGCACCAUUUUUUUCUUUGUUUAUUCAAAAUUUCGUCUCAAUAUUGGGAGAUCGGGCGCUGGAAAAAUUUUAACAGAUCUAUAUUAUUUCUAAUAUAUAAAUCAUUGAUGUUAGACAUGGUUAAAGAAAAUAUAUUUCACAAGAGCUUCAUGAAAAAUAUAAUGUACCUCUGGACAGGGUCAGAAUUUAAUAACCACAACACUUGUUUUUUCAUGAACACUUUUCGAUGAGUACCUUCGUAAGCUUUUAAACCUGAGUGAGAAUUUGAUGCAAUCUUUGUCUAUCAUAUCAAACGUCCUUCUCGGCAAAUUAAUGAAAACUUUCUGCAUCCGAUCGCAUACAGAACUCAUUUUAACAGUUUCCAGAACGGUUCUCUCUACACUUGCUUUGAUGAAAAGCUGGAUUGAGAAUAUCAUGAUUAGGUACCUACUACAUGACAGGUAAAAAAGGGGAAAAGGUUUUAUCCAACAUGAUUUUGGUGUUUUGAUGACUCAAACUUUCGUUUUCAACAGUCAAUUUAAUCAGUGUCCACU